UUUAAACGUUUCGGUGAAUUUUAUUUGUUUUCCAACAGGCGAACUCAUCAUUUUCCUGCUGCCAAGCUUCUGAAAAAAUUAAAAAAUGUAACCAAAGUCAGAAAAUAAAGAAGAAUUAUCAUAAAGACUGCAUUCCAAAGUAUUAAAUGUACAAUGUCACUUGAAGAAGCGAAGACGUUGCAAUCACAGAUUUUAUUCGGUUCCUCAGAAUGUUCUUGCAGUAGUUGUGAAUCAAUAUCAUGUUUUGCGAAAAGAAAUAGAGAACUGAACAAAUGUCAUUGUCCUACAUGCCAAGAGUUAAGAACUUGCUUGUACAUAACUAAAAAUAAAGACGCGAAUUGCUACGAAAAUUUAAACGUUAAUGCAACAGAAAAUCCACCUUGCCUUGUAACUAAAGACAGUUCUGUGAAUACGUUUAAAUCUAAUGCAACAAGAGCAAAGAUUGAAAACAAAAAUAUUGUAACUAUAAGACUUUUUAAAAGAAAUGUCAUAGUACAAGCCAAACCGCAAUGUUGUGACAAACCAAUAAAGAACAAAUGUAAAGAAAAACUGACUUCUAAUGAAAAUAAUGACGUAAGAGAAUAUUCACCUAUAACCUAUAUAGUUAACAAAGUUCUCACUACAUACAACGACAUAUCACUAAAAGAUAUUAUAGAUAAAAUAAAAAACGUUUACAAAGCAUGCAGCUGUAAAGUUUGCGAUUGCGUUGCGAAUGAUAUAAACGUAUGUAAAUGCCAACCAUGCGAAUGUAUCGAAUGUAAAAGUUAUUUAAAAGACACCGACGAGGAAAAAAUCAAUAACGUUUUCAAUUAUUAUCCAGUCAACAAUGAAGUGGGAGAAACAUGUAAUGUGUACAAUCGUAAAAAUAUUAACGAUUCAUUGAAGUUACAGAACAGCGCGUGUAGCUGUAAGCCUUGCGAUUGUGAGUUAUGUAGAAUAUAUACUAUAAAGGUAAAGGAUAGCCUGCAAUCGUACGUAAUAAAAAAUCCAGGAGCAAAAGAAGCGACAUCUUAUAAACCGAAAUCAAGCAGAAAUAUUGAAAAUAAACGAUCAGAGACAUGUUCUUGCCAACCUUGCCAGUGCAUAGUAUGCAAGUCGUCGUUCAAUGUUCCAAACAAGGUUGUUGUCGGAUCUGUGGUAGCACAUUUGCAAUCGACCGAAUGUUCAUGCGUGCCUUGUGACUGCGCCGACUGCCGGAGAGCCGUCCCCUCCACAUCGCCACAUCCGAUGCGAGAGACCUCUACUGACAUGGCAGAGGCGACAACUUGUCGAUGUGACCUAUGCUUUAGUAAUUCGUGUCGACAAACAAGAGAUACUUGUGGAUGCGAGAGUAGAAAUAAUGUAAUAAGUAAACCGUUCGAAAAAGAUACUAAAGAUAUAGACAUUCAUAGAGCAUUGAUUACUAAAAGAAAAGGUAAAACUGAUGAAAUCGAACAAACUUGUACAAUAUCUGUAUUAACAAAAAUAAUUAAGGAUUAUAAGGAAAGGGAAGCUAGGAAAGCUAAGAAAUCUAAGAGUGAAGACACAAAUAAGUGUUUAAAAUGCAAUAGCAAAAUGAGAUGUUCUUCAUCUUUAUGUGAAAAAAGUCAUUUAUCAACACAUCACGUGAAAAAAACGGAAGUGAUUAAAUGUAAAUGUAGUCCAUGUGAAUGUGAGAUCUGUGAAAAACUUAAAUCAGUCGACAACGGAGUUUGGAAAUCCGUUAAAUUCAGAUCGAAAUGUGUUUGUGACGUGUGUCGCUGCAUAUAUUGCGGCGGACUUCUGCAGUCGCAGAACGAAGCCGACGAUGACGACCAACAUAAGCCUCAAACAUCUCACUGCGGAAAGAAAUCUGAGAACACAUCCACUUUUACAAGUCACCAGUCUACAUAUCCUGCUCUGUUGUAUGAAUAUAGUCCAAGACCUGUCAGUGAAAAUGUACCAAUUAAUAGUAAUCAAUACGGAAGUGAUAACUUAUUUAAAUAUACUUGUGACGACUGUAUUCGUAUGGUAAACGAAGAUAAAAAUGAAAUUGGACAAGUUCAUUCCGAACUAUCCGAUUCAUUUAGUAGUUGCCAUGCUAUUGAUGAAAUUAAGACCAACGUGGAAUAUGUAAAUCAAAAAGAAUUAUCCAAUAGUUACGAUUCUAUAUCGUGGAGUUUCCAAGAAGAACAAACAAGACAAAGUAAAUCACAGCUUUCUUUAAAAAAUAAUAUGAGCGAAUCUAAUCAAAAUGCUAUUCAAAAGCAAGAAGUCAACGAACCUUGCGUAUUCUGUGGAACUUUUACUUUAAAUAGUUUCAGAGCGAAUACUGGCAACAAAGAAGGAAUGCAAAUUAUACGAGAGUGUUUUGCUAAAACUAAUUUAGCAUUGAUAAAUAAUUCAGAUGUAAAUAAAAAAGAAAAUGAAAACAGUAUCUUAGAAGAUUCAGAUAAUGAUCAUUUGGAUGAAAAUUCUCAAGAUAGUAAAGAAGGUGAAUGGAAUGAAUUCGAAUAUAAAGAAGAUUAUUUUGAAGAACGAAGUAUUCUGUUUAAAGCAAAGUUACUGACAUCGGAGCUUUUAAAAAUGUUGUACGAAUUUCAAAAGGCAAAUAAAGAUUUUGACACAUUUAAAAAUAAAUCGGAUAUCGAUCACGAAACUAAUUUAGAAGAAAACCAACAAGGAAAUAUACCGCAUCAGGAAUUACUACAGGUCUUAUCAUUAGAAAGCAAAUGGAACAUAAAUCGUGAUAUUAAAUUAAAAGAAAAUACAACUUAUUUAGAGACGUGUGAAGAAGAGAAUGUACCAUUUACAAAUUUUAAAUAUUCCUGGUCGAAAACAGUUUUGAGACAACGAGAGUGCGACAAACAAAAUGUGUGA